CGGACGCGCGUCGGCGGGCGGGCGGGAGGCAUGGAGGCCCGCGGGCCGGACGGCUGCUUCCUGGGCGACGUGGGUUUCUGGGUGGAGCGCACCCCCGUGCACGAGGCGGCCCAGCGCGGCGAGACCCUCCAGCUGCAGCGGCUGAUCGAGAGUGGCGCGUGUGUCAACCAGGUCACGGUGGACUCCAUCACGCCCCUGCACGCGGCCAGUCUGCAGGGCCAGGCGCAGUGUGUGCAGCUGCUGCUGGCUGCUGGGGCCCAGGUGGAUGCCCGCAACAUCGAUGGCAGCACGCCCCUGUGCGAUGCCUGUGCCUCAGGUAGUGUCGAGUGCGUGAAGCUCCUGCUCGCCUACGGGGCCAAGGUCAACCCACCCCUGUACACGGCAUCCCCGCUGCACGAGGCCUGCAUGAGCGGAAGUUCUGAGUGCGUGAGGCUGCUUAUUGACGUCGGGGCCAACCUGGAGGCGCAUGACUGCCAUUUCGGGACCCCUCUUCAUGUGGCCUGUGCCCGGGAGCAUCUGGACUGCGUCAAAAUGCUGCUUAACGCAGGGGCCAACGUGAACGCAGCGAAGCUUCACGAGACCGCCCUGCAUCACGCAGCCAAGGUGAAGAACGUUGACCUCAUCGAGAUGCUCGUUGAGUUUGGAGGCAACAUCUACGCACGGGACAACCGGGGGAAGAAGCCGUCCGACUACACGUGGAGCAGCAGCGCGCCGGCCAAGUGCCUGGAGUUCUAUGAAAAAACACCUCUGACCCUGUCGCAGCUCUGCCGGGUGAGCCUGAGGAGGGCCACUGGCGUCGGAGGCCUGGAGAAGAUCACCAAGUUGAACAUCCCUCCCCGGCUCAUCGACUACCUUUCCUACAACUGAGCCGCAGGCCUGGGAGGCAGGAGCCGGCCGGGGGGCCGGGGUUGGGGGUCCCCCGGCUGCCAGCCUUGCCGAGCCUAGCGGCUGGGCCACAAGGACUGGCCAUGUCUGUAGCCGCCCGACUGCUGCAGCCAGAACAGCGUUCCCCGCGUCCCGGCCGACUGCCCUGCUCUGUCUCCUCUGCACACUCGCCGAGGAUACUUCCAAGGCCCGGGGAAGGCCCGGCCUCAGCUUCUGUAGGGAGCAUGGCCCUGUGCUGGCUCGCCUGGAAUUCCGCUCUCUCCUCGGUCCCAGCCAUCUGGUGUUCUCCUUUCACUGACCUUCCUCAGGGGGACUCUCAGGAAGGACUCUUCUGGGAGCACAGGAGAAGGCCAUGCGGGGCUGAGGGUCCAGGGCCCUGCCGCCCGAAGCCCGGGGCACCUUCGGCACUAGUGCGGUCCUGGGUGUCCGAAGGGAGGAAGGACCCUGUGCUGCAAAGGUCAGGUCCUGACCGUGUGGCUGGGGACAGCUGCUUUGAUGACAUCCUGCUACUUGGACGCUUUUUUCUGGAGUUGUGCUUGGCACUCUCCAAGGUUCCCCUUUGCCCAGGCAGACCUGAUACUCAGGGGGCUUUGCAGGGGUCUUGGUCGGGGAAGCCUUGGGCAGAUUACUCCCCACACCUAGCACAGGAACUCUCCAUGCCUCAGCUCUGAAGAAGUUUAUGUUGGGGAUACAAUCUUGUAUUAGAGCAGACACAGGCUGCCGCACUGAGGUUUUGUUAACAGGUCUGCAGCACCCCAGAGGACGUGAAGGAGUGUCCACGCGUAUUCCGGGAGAAGCUUCCAACGUGAAGGACCGUUAGGACCCCCUCUAGGGAGGACCGCUCCUCUGGAUGAAUGGAUUCUCUCCUUACCCUAAAGUGCACUCACUCCCCGAAGCUCUGAAAUUGGUAGGACAGGGAGAUUGCCGGCUCCCUGGAUGACCAGCCACUGACUCGUGCCUUUUGUAGGUACUUAGGGACGUCUGUGAUGCUGGGACUGUCCGAGUGCUGAGCUGCGUAGGAAUCAGACUCUUUCCCCAAGGCAGGGGAAGAAAACGUUUUCCGGCUUGUUCGCAUAGUAACAGAGACAUGAGCUCUACGCUCUCGGCCAUGAGACAAACCUUUCAGUAGUACAGUCACAUGGCCUCUGUGUCAGAUUCUUUCUCCUGAUUUAAAAACGCAAAAACCAGGCAGUUCAACUAGAGGACGUUUGCAUAAUUCAUUCAGGUGUAUUUGGUUUCUGGGGACAUGGGGAAGGCACCACU